AUGCCUCCACGAAGAGCAGUCAGAGGUCGUCCAGCUAUGAGGAAUGUUGAGGAACAAGAGUUACCCAAUGCACCCGAAGUGCAAUCUCAAGGGGAAGUGACCAAUGUUGAGUUCAGAGAGACAAUUAGGAUGUUGAGUCAAGCUGUGACUAACCAGGAGUAUGGGUUGAAGUUCACCCAACUGUCUCGCUAUGCUCCUGAAAUAGUUGUGGACAUGAGGGGUAGGAUGAGUUUGUUUGUUGCUGGUUUGGGACGUCUAUUAAGCAAAGAGGGUCGGGCAUCAAUGCUUAUUGGGGACAUGAACAUUUCGAGGUUGAUGGUUUAUGUGCAGCAUGUAGAGAAAGAGAAGCUAAGGGAUAGGGAUGAGUUCAAGAACAAGAGGGCUAAGAUAGGGAAUGAGUCUGGGCAACAGAAGAGUGAGUACUAUGGUCAGAAUUCUAGAGCUAAGCCUGCCUAUUCUCAGGGCAUUGUGGCGCAAGAGGGUAGUAAGCCUCAUACAUGCACCAAGUGUGGUAAGAACCAUUUAGGUGUUUGUCGCGAGGGCUCCACUGGUUGUGUUUCAAGUGUGAUCAGAGUGGGCAUUUCAUGCGAGAGUGUCCAAGGAACAAGCAGGGUAAUGGGGGCAAUAGAGCCCAGUCUUCUUCAAUCGCUCCACCAGACAGGACUGCACCUAGAUGAGCUACUUCUGGUAUUGACGGAGGAACAAACCGCUUGUAUGCUCUCAAUAAUCGCCAAGUGCAAGAGGAUUCACCAGAUGUUGUCACUGGGUCCCUCUUGA